GCCUGUCCGGACACAAGGACGCACCUCUCCUCUCCCGAAAAGCGCGCAGGGCUGAGCUCAAUCCGCCGGGGAGAGAGAGAUGAAGUCCCGGCAGGCAGCCCGGGGACAGACCACUGUCACAGAAUAUGACUGGAUGUAAUAUUUCUAAAGACAACUCUGGCUGUCAUUCGAGGCGUAACAAGGUUAUAUGGUCGGACUUCUGAGCGCAUUUCAACUGGGAGCGCAGACUAUCUGUUUUGGAUGAAUGUUUUGCGUCAGUUUCCCUCAUAGCAACCUAAUGAAGUUUUAAGUCAAGUUCAAGUCUAAAGACUGCUUCGGUCUCUUCACUUUCUGAUCUGCCACACAGUGACACAAAGAGGACACGUUGUCGAAACUUUUUUCUCUCAGAGUUGAGCCGGAGAUGGAGCCGGAGGAGGGGAAGAUCUCCGUGUGGGUCUGCCGGGAGGAGAAGCUGGUCUCCGGGCUGACGAAGCGAACCACCUGCGCCGACGUGGUCAAAGUCCUGUUGGAGGACCAGAACCUCCAGCAGGGCGCCUCGGCGGCGAUGCUGUCCGGCUGCCCGCAGUCCUACUGCGUGGUGGAGAAAUGGAGAGGCUUCGAGAGGAUUUUACCAAACAAGACCAAAAUCCUCCGGCUGUGGAGCGCCUGGGGGGACGAGCAAGAGAAUGUCCGCUUCGUCCUGGUGAAGAACGAGGCUUCGCUGCCCAACAACGGGCCCCGUAGCGCUGAGGCCCGGGUGGUCCAGAGCCGGGAGAGCGGCGGUCCGGGCGGGGUGCUCAAGGGCACCGCCAAGACGUGCUGGACCGCCGCGGCCGCUGCCGCUAACCUCUCCCAGGAGAAACAGAGGCGCAUAGUGAGGAAGGCUUUCAGGAAGUUGGAUAAGAUGAACAAAAAGAAAGAGCAGACUGUUUCUAAAGAUAAGGGCUCAGUGGAGAAGAUGGAGACGCUGGUUCACCUGGUGAUCUCCCAGGACCACACCAUCCGCCAGCAGAUCCAGAGGAUCAAGGAGCUGGACCGGGAGAUCGAGCGGUACGAGGCCAAGGUGCACUUCGACCGCAUCAAGAGACACGGGGUGAACUAUGUGCAGGACACAUACAUGGUGGACUCCUCGGAGGCUCCCGAUCCCGGGGACUGUAAGCGCAAGGCGGAGCGGCAGGACGCGCGGUGCACAGCGGAGGCGCUCGUGCAGUUCGAGGAGUACGCGCGCCGGUGUGAGGAGGUGGUGCGGCUGCAGGAGGAGCUGACGGAGCGCGAGGCGCUCGUGGAGAGCAUCACCGGGGAGAUCCAGGAGGAGCUCAACCGGCGGUGGAUGAAACGGCGGCGGGAGGAGAGAGGAGCGGAGGCGGCGAAGGACACAGACGGCGUCGCGGAGGAGAUGUGCCUGGCCGCGUCUGCCGCUCCAGAGGAACCAGAUGUGGAGAGUUUGUCUGAGAACGAGCUCACACUGGAGGAGGAGAGGAUCAAAACGCAGCUGGACACCAGUCUGUACAUCGGCCUGCGGCUCAAGACAGACCUGGAUGCCAUCAGGGGGGACUUGGACCUGAGUCUGGCACUCUGGGAGACCAAGGAAAGUGAACUUCUGGACCUACUGGCCAAAGUUGAGACCAUGGAAAUAGAGCAGGUGGACAACAAACUGACGGUGACUGAUGAGGGAGAGCAAGGUGCAGUGAGCGCUGAGGCUGAACCGGCGUCAGCAGAGAAGAGCAGUGGCUGGGUGGAGCAGGCCAGAGGUCUUUCCAAGGCCUGCAAUACGAACGACGAGGACUCGGACACAGGCCUGAGCUCCAUGCACAGCCAGGACUCUGACAACCCGCCUGUGUGCGAGUCGCUGGUAUAGACUCACUUUGUUUGGAAGCAUGUUGGACUUUUAUGCAAUUCAAAGCCACAAACUCAGGGGCAGAGAAUCAGUGUUGGCAAUACUGGGAGAUGUUCUCCCCUACCCAAAAUGCACCUCAGUACGGACACCGUAAUUCUAUAGCAAUAAUUUCUAUAUGUAGUUGCACAAUAAGCUAGGAGGGACAGCAUGCUUAGAGAGGGGUUAAUAGGCUGUGCUGCUCCAUAGUUGACCUUUGACCUCCGCCAGGAGAGUCAACCAAGUACCACUUAUUAAGAGAAGUAGCCUAGAGGAGUAUUAUGAUAAGCCACUUAUAAUCUGUAGUCUUCAAUGAGAAAUUAACUUUAAGGUAUACUUGAUCACAGGUUUACAAAGAGUUAAUAACAGCUUGAUUUUGUCAGGAUCCAGUCUGACUUUUUGCUGAGGCGACUGAAAGGUAAGGCUAAGUGUUGUUUCACUGUAAGUAGGUCCUAACAGCCAAAAACAGACAGGUUUCCUUUAAAAGGUCAUCAUCAAGUGUACCUUAAUGCACAGUAAAGUACAGUUAGGUCAGCUACAAACAUGCUAUGAAAGCUCUUUCAAUCAAGCAAAUGCACGAUAAUGGUAGGUUCAGUUCACUUCAGCCUCUUCCAAAUAAGAUUGAAAAUGACUCUCCAGAACUACUUAGUGUUCAUGUUUUAUCAGUUUUUGGAACAAUGAAAACUGCAGACUUGGAGUUGAAACGUUGAUCCUUAUCCUGCCUGCUAAGCAGAGUAGAUCACUCGAUAUUGUCCUCAGUGUCAGUGUCUGUCUUUAAAGCACAGAAGGUCCUAUUUAUUUAACACUACGUUACAGCCGGGUCAUCCACUACACUCUGUCCUGCUUUGGUCAACUUUCAUCGGUUGGAUUUAAACAUGAAACAUUUUAUUCCUGUUUUUUGUCAUUACGGCUCUUUUGAGGCUGUUUCAUUGCUGUUUAAAGCAGUGGUUCUCAACCUUGGCUUGGCUUUAGAACAAUAAAAAGUCUACACGCAGCCCCUCAUGAAAGGUUAGGAGCUGUGAGCAAUUCAAGCAAGCGAAGUCAGUGAUUUUUUUUGUUCACCUCAGACUGUUUAAUGUUAAUAAUUAUAGAAGCCUAAAGAGGCCAAAAAAGGAAAGACAAAUGUCCUGAAUAAUAAACAUAACUUUAUGGGGCAGACAUUUUUGUUGGUUGUUCUUUCCCGUCUUGUUAAUCAUCUCUCCACUCCUCAGAUUUAUAUUUUGACCACUGUGGGGGGAACUCCCGAUUGAGAACCACUGGUUUAAAGCUGGUAAAAAGUAAAGUAAAAAUGUGCGGCACUCACAAGAGGCCAAUUUCACAGGCUGAGUAGUACUCCUUAUGACUUGUAAACUGAACUAUGUGUGUACAAUUGGUGGAGUGCCCCUUUAAAUCUGGGCAUUGUUUAUUGUUCUGGCAUUAGUUUGGCUGUUCUGAUGCAGGUGACUUGUUUCCCUGAAAAGCAUCUUACUCAAUCAUAGGCGAUGUAAGCAGACAAAAAAAGCCUAAUUUCUAUAUCAAGGUUCAAGUCAAGGAAUUAUGUUUUUGUGUAACAAAAACAAACACAACAGGAAUACAAAUGUGAGCCUACACAUUAAAUAUCUACAGUGUAGUAGACUUUGGUUCAGAUUAUAUGUUUCUUGUCUAAAUAACACAUUUUUACUAGCAAUCCAGGGAGUUCACAAACAUGAAAUAAUAAGUCAUGUUUUUGGCCUUCUCGGCUUUCCGUAUUUAUAUUAUUCUCAUUUCCAUUGUAAAUAAGUGCAACAAAAAUAGUACACUUAUUUAGAAACACACAGGCCUUUACAGUAUUGCCAUGCCUGUACAUUUGAGUCCAUCUGUGAGUACAAACACCUGUAAGAUUGGAUUUUCAGAUGCUUUUGGGAGAAGUGACCCCAUUUAGUAAUCCCACAGUCCCUGCAUCUCUGAACGCUGUGACAUUAACAGGAACUAUUUUAAGCCUCAGUUCACUUUUUACAUCCUGGAAAUAGUUGUUGCAGAGCAGUAUUAGUUUUAUUUCCUGGUACGCUCUUCCAGGAACUGCAUAGACAAUAAGCAACAGAGAAUAAUGCAGAAGCUAGCAGAAUACAUUAUUAAGAGAUCCUUCAACUAAAUCACUCUGUAUGUUUGUCAGGUUGUUGUGAUGUCAAAUCUUACAUGUUUGACUUUGUCUAACUGUAAAAUGGUGAGAAUUAAUAACCUUGUAACAACUAGAAGAGACGGAUGAGACUGUUUCUAUGGAGUUAGCUGUUAGCUGUAUCCAAAUACCAAAAUGACCUGUGUGUAGCUAAUUUAUGUCGCUUGAUCAGGGACAGUUUGGGCUUCUCAGUCCAUGACAUUCAGCCCGCUUCCUCUAGAUAGAUGGCUCUAGACCGACAACUCUGAGGCUUCAGCAAGAGUUCUCAGAUGCACUGUGGCUGCAUCGCAACGCCAGUCAGCACAUUAUUACACAUGACUGUUAGUGUUGAAAUAAACAGCAAAACCUAUUUGGCUUGUAGUGUUUUUUUAUUCUGU